GUAGGCUAGCAUAAGGGUCAUGACCAUGUUCCCUACACAAGUAAAAUGUCUGCACAGACUGCUACAGCUUAAGCACCCAUUAUGGUGCUAUCUUUCACUGGGAAAAGCACCUUGCUCCAGACUGGUUUUGGGCAUUGAGACAAGCUGUGACGACACUGGAGCUGCUGUGCUGGAUGAGACAGGUGAAAUACUGGGAGAAUCUUUGCAUUCACAGAAGGAAGUUCAUCUGAGGACUGGCGGUAUCAUCCCCACAGUUGCACAGCAGCUCCACAGAGAAAACAUAGAGCGCGUGGUCCAGGAGGCUUUGGAGAGGAGCGACGUGGACCCCAGCCGGCUCUCAGCUGUGGCCACCACUGUGAAGCCGGGCUUGGGCCUGAGCCUGGGCAUCGGCCUUGAGUUCAGUCAGAAGUUUGUUCGACAGCACAACAAGCCCUUCAUCCCCAUCCACCACAUGGAAGCACACGCCCUGACCGUCAGGAUGCUUCAACCUGUUGCCUUCCCCUUCCUGGUCCUGCUCGUCUCUGGCGGUCACUCACUUCUCGCUGUGGCUCGAGGAGUGGACGACUUGCUUUUGGGUCACGCUCUGGAUGAAGCUCCAGGGGAUAUACUGGAUAAAGUGGCAAGACGUUUGGCCCUCAUAAAACACCCACAGUGCUCCACACUAAGCGGAGGACAAGCUAUAGAGCUUCUAGCAAAGGAUGGCGACAGGAUGAGGUUCCCUUUCACAACACCUAUGGGACAAACGUACGACUGCUGCUUUUCUUUCGCUGGACUACGGAAUCAAAUUAACAAGACGAUAAUGAAGAAAGAGGCAGAGGAAGGUAUAGAGCAGGGGACACUGUUAUCAUGUGUGAAUGACAUUGCAGCUUCUACACAGCACACAGUCGCCUCUCAUCUUGCAAAGCGAACACAUCGCGCCAUCUUGUUCUGUAAGGCAAACGGCCUGCUGCCAUUAAACAGUCCCAGCUUGGUGCUGUCUGGAGGAGUUGCAAGCAAUCAGUAUAUCCGCAAGGCAUUGACCAUUAUCACAGACACAACAGGACUAAGCCUGCUCUGUCCUCCAGCCAAAUUCUGCACUGACAAUGGAGUGAUGAUUGCAUGGAACGGUGUUGAACGCCUGAGAGAAGGGAAAGGAAUACUUUCUCCAGAUGUGGAUGUCUGCUAUGAGCCAAAGGCACAGCUGGGUGUUGACAUGACAGCAGAGGUGAAGGCAGCAGCGAUCAGGUUGCCGUCAGUCAGGAUGAAAAUCCCCAACUGACAGACUGUUGGUGUUGGUUGACACUCCGAGAUUUUCACAGUUCAGGGUAUAUGCUAUGUAUAUACUAUAUAAUAGAAAUGUUUUUAUACAUCUCAGUUGAUUUGUUUUGUUUGAAAACUCCUUACAAAACUACCUGAAAAUGUGUUGUUUUUCUAUGACUGGAUUUCAGAGUUCAGCUUAUUGUGAGGGGGUAUCCAAUAAAUAUGUGUAAUAACUAAUUCUGUGUAAUGAGAAGAAUGACGGCAGCAGCAAUCUGAAGGCAUGGACGUGUUCUCAUUUUAAAAUGUAAAAGGUUUUGUCUUUAGAUUUUUUGCUGUAUGCAUGCACUUAUAUUUGAUUAUGUGUAACACAAAAAGCUGUUUUUUAACACCUGAAAACUGAGAGCAGCCUACUUACUCAAGAGGGAAACAAGUAUUCACUGUGCCUUUGUAUGUAAGACCAAUCUGUCUAUAGUAAUGCAUGAUCACCAAAUAAAUAAGAAAGUUUUAUCAUCUCCUGUAAUAAAGGAGAACUGUAUAACAUUUUAACAACCAAAUAGAUCAAAAGAUAUACAGCUGUUAAUGAUAUUAGGUACACCCCAUUCAAUUCUGUCAAACCCCUGUACAGCAGAUACCAUUUAAAUCACAUUGAGGCAUGUACUUGUUUGUUAUUGGCUAAGCACCACCCAGUGGUUAGUUUAUAUAAAUGCACCUCAGCACACUGGAGAGGAAUCGCUACAGUAAUUGACCCAAUGAGGACAAAUCUAAAUUAUUUUCCUACGGA